UACUAAUAAAAGUUCAAUAUAUGAUUACACUUGUGCCUCGUAACAUCUCAAGGUAGGGGUGUCAUCAGUAUGUAGAUGUGGAAGAGGUUUUGUCAAUGCCCACAGUGUAACACAUCAUUUCCUAUAAAACAACAAUUAUGUGCAGACAGAAAGACACUUGAAUAUGAGGCAAGGGUGUGCUCUGGGGGCCACUCCUAUAUCCACCAUGUCCACAUCCUGGGAUUAUUGAGAGUCUGUCUCAUGGCUGAGGACCCCUCCUACUCCGAGGUAGAACUGGUACAGCCAGUCAUCAGCUUUGGGGUUAUCAAAUCCUUGUACCCGCCAGCUGUGGUCAAUCCCUUUGUACAGAAGACGCACCUUAAUGCUUGGCGCUGGGCCUACACCAUCAUCAUGGGAACCGUGCUGCUGCCGUUGCGGGUGUCCUGCAUCGCUUUCCUCUUCAUCUUCCUCUGGCCAGCAGUCAUGCUUUACACCAUAGGCCGCUCAACCCAACAAUCCACGCCCACCAAGAGCUGGAGAAAAAUAUUGGUACAACCAGCCCUUAGGUUCAUGUUUCAGGCUGUGUUCUUUUUUGCAGGGUUCUUAGUAAGAGUAAGAGGGAAAAGGGCAACCCAUGAAGAGGCCCCCAUCUUUGUGACAGCACCACACUCCUCUUUCUUCGACGCAAUCGCCUGUGUGGUGGCGGGGUUACCCUCAGUGGUAUCGGCCUUACACAAUGCACAAAUCCCAAUGAUUGGCAGAAUCCUCUUGACAACUCAGCCAGUGUUUGUGAACCGAGAAGAUCUCAAUUCCAGGAGGAACACCCGGAACGAAAUCGUGAAGCGAGUUACUUCUAAUAGGAAGUGGCCACAGAUCCUGAUUUUCCCGGAAGGAGUGUGUACCAACCGCACCUGUCUGAUCACUUUCAGAUUAGGUGCCUUCACUCCAGGUGUCCCUGUGCAACCAGUGCUACUCAGGUACCCAAAUGCCCUGGACACAGUCACGUGGACCUGGCAAGGGUUUUCAGCACUGCAAGCCUGUAUGUUGACACUAAGCCAGCUCUUCACCAGGGUAGAAGUUGAGUUUAUGCCUGUUUAUAUACCAAAUGACAUAGAAAAAAAAGACCCUGUCCUUUUUGCCAACGCAGUGAGAGUCAGUAUGGCAAAUGCUCUGGGAAUACCUGUGACAGAUCACACCUAUGAAGACUGCAGGCUGAUGAUUUCCGCAGGCAAACUUCAUCUACCCUUCGAAACUGGCUUGGUGGAAUUUACAAAGCUUAGCCAGAAACUGAGGUUAGAUUGGGAUAACAUUCAUCAGCAUUUGGAUGAGUAUGCUGCAAUUGCAGUAGCUGCAAAAGGAGGGAAGAUAGGGAUUAAAGAAUUUGCAACUUACUUAAAACUCCCAAUUUCUGGGCCCUUGAGACAACUUUUUGCCCUCUUUGAUAGGAAUAACGAUGGAUGCAUAGACUUUAGAGAAUAUGUGAUAGGACUGACUGUUCUAUGCAAUCCUUCCAACACUGAAAGGAUUCUGAAAAUGUCAUUUAAACUUUUUGAUCUUGAUGAGGAUGGUUUCAUAACAGAAGAGGAGCUAGCUGCUAUACUUCGGGCAGCUUUUGGAAUGCCAGAUCUUGAUGUUUCCACACUCUUUGAGCAAAUAGCUGGAGAGAAUUCAAAGUACAUUUCCUACAAGAAAUUUAAGAAAUUUGCCCUGAAGCAUCCAGAAUAUGCCAAGUUAUUUAGUUCAUACUUAGACCUCCAGACAGCCUAUAUGUAUUCACUGCCACCAGUAGAGGUUUAAUCGCUGUCAUCAGAUGUUAAAGUCCUUGAAAAUAAUGAAAAUACCUUCCAUGUUGAAACUAUGAUUGAAAUUAAAAUCAUUCUUUGAGGUAAACACAA